UCCUCCUCCUCCUCCUCUCCUCAGCAUCAGCACCAGCACCAGCAGAGACGGCUCCCUCCUCUCCAUCCUCCACUGCGGAACAUCGGCCUGCGUUUCUCCCAUCCAUUCCUCCCAACAUGGACAACUCCGGCAAAGAGAAGGAGGCCAUGCAGCUGAUGGCUGAAGCCGACAAGAAGGUCAAAGCGUCCGGAUCCUUCCUCGGAGGGAUGUUCGGGGGGAACCACAAGGUGGAAGAUGCCUGUGAAAUGUACGCCAGAGCAGCCAACAUGUUUAAGAUGGCAAAGAACUGGAGCGCUGCGGGAAACGCGUUCUGUCAGGCCGCCCGACUCCACAUGCAGCUUCAGAACAAACUUGAUUCUGCCACCAGCUUUGUUGACGCCGGAAACGCCUACAAGAAGGCCGACCCACAGGAGGCCAUCAACUGUCUAAACCAGGCCAUUGACAUCUACACUGACAUGGGUCGGUUUACCAUCGCAGCCAAACAUCACAUCACCAUAGCAGAGAUUUACGAGGCUGAGCUGGUGGACAUCGAGAAGGCCAUCGCUCACUACGAGCAGGCAGCUGAUUACUACAAAGGAGAGGAAUCCAACAGCUCAGCCAACAAAUGUCUGCUGAAGGUGGGACACUACAGUGCUCAGCUGGAGCAGUACCCGAAGGCCAUCGAAAUCUACGAGCAGGUUGCAAUGAGCACCAUGGACAAUCCUCUGUUGAAGUACAACGCUAAAGAGUAUUUCUUCAAGGCUUCACUGUGUCACUUCAUCGUGGAUGAGCUCAAUGCCAAGUUGGCCAUCGAGAAGUACGAAGAGAUGUUUCCAGCCUUCUCAGACUCAAGAGAGCUCAAACUGCUGAAGAAACUCCUAGAAGCCCACGAGGAGCAGAACAGCGAGGCGUUCACGGAGGCUGUGAAGGAGUUUGACUCCAUAUCCCGCCUGGACCAGUGGUUGACCACGAUGCUGCUCCGCAUCAAAAAGACCAUCCAGGGAGACGCCGGGGACCUGAAGUAGACAAAUGUACUGGGGAACGGGGGGGAGAGAGAGUAAGCUCUUCAAUUAAGCCGAGGGAGAUCGUCGGGGAGGGACAGUUCCAUCAGAGAGAUAUAAAAAUGUAGAAUUCGAGGUGGAAAAUAUUAAAGCGGGGGCGUAAGGAAGCAAUGGUGGAAUUAAGGGAGUUUACAGUUGUACAUAUCAGUCUGCAUGUGACCCCCGAUCAGCUAAGCAUCACCUUCAAAUCACUAUUAGAUGACCUUGUGUCCCCGCCCAACAGUAUUACUCUGUAACACUGGACAGAAAAACAAAGAGUGGAAAGAAAAUGUGUGUGUGUGAGAGAGAAAUAGUGAGUGUGUGUGUGUUUCCACUGCAGUAAGGUUAAUUCUACUACGUGAUGGAGAAGUGUGCAGCUUAUGUGAGAUAUAAGGAUAUAUGUAAUUCAAAAGAGAUAAAGAUGUUAUUUACGAGAUUAUUCAUAUUUAUUGUCAAUAUUGAAAAUAUUUAUUGUUUAUCAUGGUGCUCAGUGUUAUAAUUUGUCUUAAUAUUUUAGGUAUUAGCCCCUCUAGUCUCCUCUCCCGUUAUUUUCUUCCUCUUGUCAUCCGUUCUUCCUCCUCUGUCUCAUCCUCUCCUCGCCCUCAUCAGGGGCAGUGAAAUCCCCCGUUGUGAUUGGUCGGUUGUUCCUGUCGGGGCCAACGGUGGGGCGGAGAGGUGGACCGGUCAGAGCUAACGCCCUCAUCGAUGCCUUGUUUGUGCAUGUCUCCUGCCAUGUUGGUGUUAGUGUUUUCCGUGUUGUACUAGCGUGUGAAGAUACAUACGUGCAGCCUGGUAUCAAACGUGUGAAAUCAGUAAAUGUGUACUUCAGAUAUCAAGUUGAAAUAAAAAUGUCUUCACUCCAGAAAUCUGGCUGUUUAUUCAGACUUCUGCGUUGCUAUUAGAAAUAUUAGAGGAUCGUAACCCGUAUAAAAACAUGUCGUAUUCACGUCAUAUGUGUAAACACACACUGAAAACUGUUGCCAAAAUUGUUUGCUUAUUGCUGUAUUCUAAUGCACUUGUUCUCUUUUGAGCCGAAGUAAAGAAACUUUUAAACUUG